AUGCCUGAUGAUUGGCUAUCACUUCCAGCAGCACCUCAAUACGUAUGUUCAAGUGAUCAAGUUUUUAUAGAACACUUCAUUGUCAAACCGCAUAUUAUAUUCAAUAAUGUUACAUGUUUCCAACCUUCAGAUAUUGGUAUUAUUUUUGAAACAGUUACACGAGGAAGUAUUAAUAAUUAUAUUAAAAAUGCAUGUAUUUCAUAUGAUCGUAUUAAAGACACUGUGUGCGAUUGUGAAAAAUAUGAUUUUGGUUUAUGUGAAGAUGAAAGACCCGAUGAAUACUAUGCUAUUAGUCACAUCUCGUUUCAAACAAUAUGUGAUGGAUUUGUUGAACUCUGGCCAGUAAAUAUCGAUGGUCGAAAUGAAACAGAUGAAACAGAAUGUGAAUGGUGGCCAUGCAAUAACACUUAUACACGUUGUGAUGGCAUCUGGAACUGCUUCGAUGGAGCUGAUGAAGUCGAUUGUGAUCGUUCACACUUAAUUCAUUGUCCUUUGCAACAUCACGUGUGUGCUUCGCCUGAAACGAAUCAAUUGACAUGUCUGCCUAUUCAAAAAGCAAACGAUGGCAAUAUUGAUUGUAUUGGUGGCACUGAUGAGUCAAAAAAAUGUCGGUCAAGUAAUUAUGUAUUCGCUAGGUUUGAUUUUAACUGCAUGAACGAUAUCGAUAAUCAUUGCUUACCUGUUGAAUCGACGUGCAAUGGUAAGAAAGACUGUCCGCAUGGAGAUGAUGAACAAUUUUGUAACUACACGAAGUAUGAUUGGAUUACAUAUGGCAUUUGCUCAAGGUAUAAUGAAUGGAUACAUUCAGAUGUAGAGAGCUUUAUUUGCAACUGGUUUUCUGAAACUAAUAAACAAAAAAUAGUACAUUUUUCACUUGAUAAACUUUCGAAGCUGACGAGUAACGAUACUAAACAUGAUAGAGUAGCGCUCCAAUCUAGUUCGUCAAUGAUUCGAACAUUUCAUCAGCAUCAUCAUCGUUGUCAUCGUGGUCUUGACGUGCAAGUAUGGCUGAAUCGUAAAAAGAACUUGACUGCAAUGACUUGUCUCUGCCCACCUAGUUUCUAUGGAGACAUGUGUCAAUAUCAAAAUCAACGAGUGAGUCUUACUAUGAGAUUUCAAGUUUUGUCUGAUGCAUGGAGAAUACCUUUUGUUCUUCUUAUCUCACUUAUUGAUGAUAGUGACGAUCGAGUCAUUCAUUCCCAUCAACAAUUCACGUAUCUACCUAUGAGAGACUGUCAAAUCAAAUUCAGUGUCUACCUAUUCUAUUCAACUCGACCGAAAAAUCAUUCGAAAAUCUAUUCAAUACAUAUCGAUAUUUAUGAGAAGAUCUCAUUGGUCUAUCGAGGAAGUUUUCUUCUACCACUCACUUUUCCUUUUUUGCCAGUACAUCGUAUAGCUACUGAACUAAAAAUUCCAUCUAGUCAAGUAGCACCUAAAAUUUGCUCAAAUCAGCAAUGCCUUCAUGGUCAAUGUAUCGAAUAUAUCAAUACACUAACUACUACUACUUUUUGUCGAUGUCAUCAAGGAUGGUCUGGAAAAUUAUGCACGAUUCCGCACAAUUGCACAUGUUCAUCAGAUUCUCUAUGCGCUGGUUUCUCAUAUACAAAUCGAUCGAUAUGUGUAUGCCCAAUUAAUCGAUUUGGACCUCGAUGUCUUCUCACCAAUCCAGUUUGUCAAUCGGGUCUAAAUGGAACAUGUGACAAUGGUGGUCAAUGUAUUUCUCAAGAUGAAUACAUACAUUCUGAAAAGAAACACACAUGUAUUUGUCCGAAAGGAUUCACUGGAGAAAGAUGUGAGAUUCCUGAUACUAAAAUAAUCAUAUCAUUUCACAAAGAUAUUUCUCUACCCCAAUCGAUGCUUGUUCAUUUCAUUCAAGUAGUUAACAAUUCUCCACCUGAACGGGCAACUACUUUCAAAACUAUUCUUAUCCAAAAAGAUUCAGUCACUGUUCAAUGGUCGCGUCCAUUUCAUAUUAUGUUUGUCGAGCUAUUACACAAAAGUUACUAUUUGAUAGUUGCUCAAAAUACAUACAAUCAAUCGGCAAUUAUCAAUAAGAUUAUAAAUCCAUCAGAUAGGUGUGAAAACAUUAGUGAAUUUUUCAAUGAAACUAUUGUUAACUGGCAUCUUCUUCGCCGUAUCAAAUACUAUCAUCUACCGUGUCAUCAAAGACAAUCGUCACAUAAUCUAUCAUGCUUCUACGAUGAUGUUCAUCUUUGUCUUUGUGAAAACUAUGGUAAUCAACGUUUGGCCAACUGCUUUGAGUUCGAACAUAACAUGAAAUUCGAUUGUUCUGGUCAAAGUGGAUGUGAAAAUGGAGCUCGCUGCUUCCAAGAUAGUCCUCUUUGUGCUCAAACAUCGAUUUGUGCAUGCCCAGCAUGUUUUUAUGGGAAACGAUGUCAAUUCAGUACAAGCGGGUUUGGCGUUUCACUCGAUGCCAUCCUAGGUUAUCAUAUUUUACCUCAUGUUAGUCUUCGUCAUCAGCCGCUCGCUAUACAAAUUAGUCUGACAUUAUCGAUAGUGAUGACAGUGAUAGGACUCAUCAACGGAAUUCUUUCUUUUAUUACAUUCAACAACAAGAGAUUAUGUGAGGUUGGUUGUGGUUUUUAUCUAUUAGGUUCAUCGAUCACUACUAUCUUGACGAUGACUGUAUUUACACUGAAGUUUUGGAUUCUUAUAUUUUCACAGAUGGGACUUAUUACUAACAGAUCAUUUCUUCAUAUUCAAUGUAUUUCAAUCGAUUUUCUCAUUCGAAUCUGUCUGAGUAUGGACCAAUGGUUAAAUGCAUGUGUAGCCAUUGAACGAACAGUCAGCGGUAUCAAAGGAAUCAAAUUCGAUAAAAAGAAGAGCAAGCAAGCAGCAAAAUCGAUAAUUCUCGUUCUUAUUUUAUUAACAACUGGCACUUGUAUUCAUGAUCCUUUGAAUCGAAGCCUGUUGGAUGAUGAUGAUAAUGAGAAUGAGAAUGAGAAGAGAAUCUGGUGUAUUGUCAGAUACCCACCAAAUGUCCAAGUCAUCGACAACAUGAUUCAGAUUUUUCAUUUUACGGUUCCGUUGGUCAUAAAUUUGAUUUCAGCUCUUCUUAUUAUCACCAUAACUGCUCGUCAACGAUCAUUAGUCCGCAGAGAUAAGUCUUAUAUGCAACACUUAUCUGAUCAAUUUAGACAACAUAAUCAUCUUCUCAUCUCUGGAUUUACAUUAGUGAUUCUAGCUUUUCCACGCCUGGUUAUUAUUUUUGUAUCCGGAUGCAUGGGAUCAGCUCGGAAAUCAUGGUUGACUCUUGCUGGAUAUUUUAUUUCAUUCAUCCCACCCAUGUUAACCUUCGUUGUGUUUGUCGUCCCAUCUAAAUCGUACAAGAAAGAGUAUUACAUAACUAUUAACCACUAUCUAAAAACAAUCAAGGCUCGUAUAGGCAUACGACAAUGACAGCAGCUCACUAAUCCACUAGCCAUCGGUGCACCAUAACCACCGAUGAUGACUUUUCGCGUUUGAUAUCGCUUGAAUUAUCACAUGAGGAACAAUUAGAUUUUAAUCUAUCUUUUAAUCAAUAAAAAUCGAAUAAAAUUAUGGUUUUUCCAAGUUUUAUUUUCCACAGAAUGGAUGCCUUAUAAUAUAAUUUAACCUAUUUGUCAUUUCUAAAUCGAUUUUAAACAUAUAAAAAAUGCUGAUAAGCGGGUGUGGCUGUGACUGUGAGUAUGACUGUGGAGUGCGGAUAUCUACUUCAACACUACCCAUGUCUGCACAGUCAUGGCCACAGCGAUGCUCUCGAUAACUUACAAUCUCAUCUUGUCAGUUUUACUAUGUAUGAGAAAAUAAAAAAUAAGAUGUUUUGUGACAUUGUCAGAGCUAUAUCUUUAUAUCAUAAUCUUUUUUUUUAAUUUGCUAAAUUUUAUCCGUGACGUCCAUAUUUUUUUUUUGUGCUUUUUAUACAAUUUUUUUUUUUCGGACGUCUACGAACAUAGAAGUGAACAGACAAUAUAACGAUGACAAACAAAGAAAGCAUGACAAGAAAGCAAAAACGAAAGAAUGAAAAUUGAAAUCGAGGCAGUAAUGUAGAGAUUGGCGUGCAUUGUUGUUCUUCUUUCGUUUAUUCUUCUCAUACCGUAUAUCUUGACACCGAAGACACUAUGUCGAGGGAACGAAUCGAACCUUCUGAUGCCUGACUAACAGUCAGAUGCAUAGAACCACUAUGCCAUCCCCGGUAUCAUGAUUUGUUGACCUUACACAAUCGAAGGAAAAUUUUCAAUCGAACAUACUAACUUCAGACUAUAUAUGAACCCUAAAUCUCUUAUCUGAUAAGUUCUCUCAAUCACUAUCACAUGAAAAAAUCUGCAGUAGAUGGGUGUGAGUGAAUUUGAGGCUUGGCAUUCACUUCAUUCUCACACGCAUACUCAUACUCACACCCUUAUUUAUAAUAAAUUUACGUAAUAAAUGAUACCAAAGAGAAUAGAAAAAGAAAAGAAAACACACAAAUGAACAUUAUGAAAAAAAAUACAUAUUUAUCAAAAGCAUCUGAAUAAUUUCUGUAAUGGCUACAUGAGCAUGAAAUCAAGCUUCCUGAUUAAAAAGGCGUGUGUGAUUCUCUUUAAUUGUUGAUACUCUACUAUUUAACAAAACGAAUGUUUGAUCGAUCGAAGCCAUCAACCACUUUAUGAACAAUUAAUGAGACAUUGUUCGAGGAAUUAAAAAUGAAUUCUUUGUUCCAAUGAAUAAUCUAUGCACUGUUUUCUUUACUAAUUACAUCUAUUUCUACUUUUUCUCCAUGAAUAUAUUCCGAAGAUUUUCAUAUAAUAUAAUCGAGAAACAAUAAACUAACAUUAUUAUAAUUUUCUCAUUACUAGCAGCUUCUAGUUUCCUAAUAAUGUAUCUUGAAAGAAGCCUGUUUACAGUGACAACAACAUAAUAAUAAACGUGAAUGAUCAAACUAACGGCAUUGACUCCGUCAUAUUCACUUAUAAAUUAAUACAUCAAUUAGAAUCAAGGACAUGCCUCAGUCAUGCGUAUAUAACGUAACAAAAAUAACACUGUUACCAAACGGCACGCUGCUAUCUCUAGCUUUAAAACAGAGAAGGUGUUGAACGAAUAAAUAAAAUAAUAAAUUGUCUUCUCUUGUUAACAACAUAAAAGUGUUGUUAUUUAUUUUACUAUUGAACAUUUCAACAAAACAAAUGUUAAGCCUGAUGAUAUUAACGUGUUAUUGUGAUGCAUCUAAUGUUUGAGAUUAUGAUGUCAAUAAAUAUGUGCAUAUUUGAAGCUUGUCUACUAAUAGAUUUAUAUUUCUAGAAUUUUGCUACAUAUAGAUAUUAUUCUCAAAUAAACAUAUUAUUAAGUACAAUCAUAUUUGGAAAUAAUAUUUUAAAACAAUUCAUACAAAGACGGAAAAAAAUUCACUAGCAGCUUACUUAUUAUUUUAUUAUUGUUUAAUAGUGUUAUACAUCUAGCUCAAAUCCAAUUUGUAAUUUUAAUAGCCAAUGGAUUUUACUGCAAAAUGCAUUCUAUAGCAAGUUUUUAUAGAUAAACUAUGAUAGCAAUGUUUCUAAAAUACCGGACACGGAGCUAUUUUUAGACCAUAGAAGACUUUAUCGAAGCUAUUUUUAACAAUAUGAUUAUAAAAGGCAUAAAAUCCUAAACAAAAUGAGAGAUUUCUGUAUUUUCCAGAACAUUCCCUUAAAAAGUUAAAGGCAUAAAAAACCGAAAAAAAAGUGAUGCUUCUGUCGAUUUUUUCAAUAAAUUAAAAUUGUUACGCUUUUUAUGUUGAUUUUAACUUUUCUCAGAGUAGAUUUUUAGAAAGUAAAACUACUCCCUGUUUUUUUCAGAAUUUUGUACUGGGUGUGGGGUGUGGGUGUGGGUUUAUAGGAAAGAAUAACUAUACGUACACACCUACAUCCACAUUCAUACCCAUACUGUGGUCUCAAGCGCACAUUAGGCAGACGGAUAAUUUGAAAACAAAGCUGAUCACUAGAGUUUUCUAUAGCAAAAGGGGAAUGGCAGAUGAAUCAGUCUCGUAGUGGCAUAAUAAGUUGCUGAAUUGAGCCUCGACGAAACAGAUAACAGCAUUACAAGCACAAGUAAGAGAAAAAAUAAGAAGAGCUGCGUUCGCAUUCAAGACUAAAAAAAGGGGAGAAAGAGCAAUAAGUAAUUGUGUAAAAUGGUGUUCAUCUCGAAUCAACAUAGUUAUCCGAUUCCUGAUUUAAACUGUAUUGCAAAUUGCUUGAGCACUUUUCUACAUUUUCUGUUACGAACGACUUCAAUUCUUCGUUGCAUCAGUUAAAAUAGUAAUGAAUAUGAAGAAAACAAAUUUGAAUAACAUUAUUCACUGUGUACAACUAUGAAUUCAAUUUUGUUGUUUAUUAACUUCGAGCAAAAUAUCGAGUAGGUAAUCGCCCUUGUGUAGCUCUGCUCUGUUUUUUGUGUACAUUCAGUAGAUAUUUGAUUUGCAUAUUAUAUGGUUUAUUUGUUUCUAACAAAACAUGCUGAAUAUGGCGGAAAUCUUUUAUGCAUAGUGCAGAAAACCACUCGAUACACUUACAAAACCAUUCAUAUGAGAGAGUACAGAUGUAGUAUGUUCCACCAAGCGAAAUUGUUUUCGUUUUAUGAUACAUCAUAAUACACUAUGGUUCUUGGUCGUCCCCACAAACCUUGUAUUCACUUCAGUGCUUUUCAUAAACCUUCUUAUAUUGAAUCAACAGGUAAGAAAUGCAUUCUUUGCAGUCUUAUAUAGCUGAAUAUAUUUACCUGGAGUUUUGUCUUUUCGUACUUGAUAUUUUACAUGACUAAAGCCUAUGCAAACAUUAGACUGUAUAUAAAGUGUAUCUGUGUUACUUUUACUUCGCUUGUCUUUUCCAUAGAAAUAUAAUUUAACUCUUCUGUGAAACAUCUGUUCAACUUUACACUAUUUUUCGAAUUUGAAAAUUGCUUAAAUGACAAUGAAGUUUGCAAUAUUAAUCGUUAGUCUUCAUCUUUGCUGUUCAUGUGUUCAAGGUAAUAGGACCAAGUAACAAAUUUGUAACUACUGCACGAUUUAAAAUUUAAAAUUGCGUAGGAUUAACAAUCAAAUAUUCAUCCGGAUGUUCGGUAGACCUUUGCACAUUCGGUAAUAGUGGCAGUAGUUGUUCUUCACCUAUAUGCUAUCGUUUUGAAACAUCGAAAAAUGAAACAUUGUGUGCUCCUCAACUCAUCUGUUCAAAACUCGACCCGUGUAUCAAUGGAACACGAUGUUCAUUGAAUACAUCAGUUUGCAUUAUAAACAGCUGUUGUUCACAACCAAUCUGCAUGCCUCUCUUGUUGGGUAGUAUGUGUACCAACGGAACAAACAGCAGUAGUAGUACAAAUCCAACAGUCACAGGUACGAGUACCAUAGCCAGAGUUUUAUUUCGGAGAAGAAAGUUAUAUGAGUAAUAUCAGGAAAAUAUCGUUUCGUUUGAGAUGAUGAUUGUUUCACCAGAGAGGGAGAAAAUGUUCAGCACUGGCUACGCCAUUAAUAGUAUAACGCCUUUAUUACUUUAAGAUUUAAAAUGUGAGUUUUUUUAUUAAUCAGGUGCGACAUUAACAUGAUUAUAAGUCAUUUUUAGCGCUAAAAUUCUUCCGGUAAACUCAUACGAUUUUCGGCAAGAUUCUUUCCAUUGUAUUCAACCAAAUAUUGAUCAAAUGGUUACUGACACUCUUAAAGUGGGCUAUCUCUGAGUAUCGCAAGGUUUUAAACGACAGCAUUUUUGUUUUUUCAAUUUUUUGUUCUUCUCAAAGAAAACAAUGUUGAAUAGAUUGCAUAUUGAAUUAAAACUACCUUUGAAAAAUUUUGCACAAGAACUUAUUCAAUUCGUAUCAAUUUGACAAACUCACUUUUCCUGUGCAGCACUCUAAGAUCGAUCUUACAUUUUUGUUUGUGUUGACGUUCACAUUAUUCUAUGAUCAGACGAUCCUUUCGGCAUCCUCUGACGUUAAAGCUAUUUUCGUUAGAUGGCUAGUAUAAUGCAGUUUUCAAAUCUCUCGUCACAGAUGGUAUGAUCUUGAAGAAUAGUGAUCAAAUAUACUAGAUCAAUUAUGAUAUCGUACCCGGUUGCAAUGUUACAUACACGAACGUUAUUAAUCGAAUAAUUUUGCUCGUCUAUCUCAAUAACAAUGCCAUAGAUUGUUAGAGUUAAUGAUCUUUAUGUAAUCGAUGAUUUCGGUUGCUGGACAAUAUUUAUAUUACCAAUAUGUAUAAGAUUGAAGUGUGAAGUUUUUCAAUAGCUAGUAUUCUUAAUAGCAAUCUUUCUAUACUUCACUAUGUAUUAUAGAUAAAGAAUAUUUGGUCAACAUGUGUUGAACUUUUUAAAGAAAAACUUUAGGAAAAUAAAAGCUGUUAGCGCAGUCCCUUGCGGGAUUAAAAAUGUGAAAGAUGAUAUAGCUGUCACAGCCGAUGUUCGAAAAGCUCUCGUUUUUUAUGCAUAUUGAUGCACAUUUCUUCAUAAUAGUUUACCGCAUAUUACAGACUUUCAACAGGAUUAUACUACGUAUAUGAUUCAAUCAUAUAUUAGUUAUGCAUAAUCUCUGAUAUUUCUUUGAAGUCUUCUAUCACAGUCUAUAAUGACCCUGAUUACUGUCUGUGAUGGGUUCAGACGUCUGUCUGUCACGGUCUAUGAUGGGUCCUAAGCCCUAUCUCUCACGGUCUGUGAUGGAUCCUAAGCCCUAUCUGUCACGGUCUGUGAUGGGUCCAAAGCCUGUCUAUCACGGUCUAUGGGGGGAAGAGGGGAGAUCCGAAUUUCUACCUUUAAACACUUCAACACUCCUUUCAGAUCGUGUUUCACAAAAAUAAAUAGAUUUAUUAGUUACGCAAUCUUCUAUGACGUAUUGAGCUCAUGAGCCAAGUGCAGUUCUAUAAAAUGAGUUAUGUCGUAUGAAAUUAACUAUACAGAGGCUAGAAAGUCGUUUAUCAAAUAGUUAUUGUAAUUAACGACCAUCAUGUGAACUAUCAAUACUUUUAAAUAACAGAAGCCAUGUAGAUCAUCAUGGAAGUUAUAAGUACUUUGAUUUAUGGAACAAGUACUAAUAAAGACUUGAUGAAAAAAACUUGUAUAUUCUCAAGGAAAACCUAUAACGUUAUUGUGGUACUAGUGUAACUCUCCUGUAUUUUAUCUAAGGCCUAUUCCAUGGGGUUUCUCCCAAGAAAAACACAACUAUAUUCAAAUCGAUCGA